GUGAUAUAAAUUUUUUACUGCUUUUAUGUUUUUCUGUCUUGUUUUGAAACCAUGACGGUUACACUUUUGGUUCCUAAAUAAAAUUUAAAACAAUUAACAGCCAAGUCACAAAGAUAAAUGGGUUGCACAUAGACUAAGGAAUAAACUUCAGAUUUGUGAUUUUUGUUUCUAAUCUUGAUGUAAAUUUACACUAUUUAUAAAUACAUAUUUAUUGCUUGAAAAUAUUUGUGAAUGGAAUGCUGUUAUUUUUUCCAGAUUACCUGCCAUUGAAAUUUUAAGGAGUUCUGUAAUUUCAAACACUACUCCUAUUACAUUUUCUAUAUGUAAAUAAAACUGCUUAGCAUUGUACAGAAACUUUUAUUAAAAUUGUUUAAUGUUUAAAGUUUUUCUAUUGUUUGAGUUUUAAAAAGAUUUUAUGUACAGUGCCCAGUUUUUGUUCUUUUUUGAAUCUGAUUAUAUAUAUUUUAUAUAUACUCUUGUGCUUGUGUAUAUAUAUAAUAUAUAUAGAAACUCGAAUAUAAAUAUGUGUAUAAAGAUUUAGAGACUAAAUUUUUCUCGUUUUAAGUUUUACAUCUAUGGUAGAUUUGAGGUGUCUACUGUAAAGUAUUGCUUACAAAAGUAUGAUUAUUUUUAAAGAAAUAUAUGGUAUGUAUCCUCAAGACAUAGAAUGACCUUCAGACUGGUUUAUUGUUAAAUUGCACUUUUUGCAAUAACAGACCAAUAAAUAGUUGCUGCCAAAAUGUAGUAGUAGAAAGUACGUAACAGCUAAAUUUUAAAGCUCUUCAAGAAAAUACCGGCUUUGACAGGAAGUUUGGCACUAGUUUUAGAGGAGGAAUGAAGAAGAUGAAUUGGUGGGGAUGUUCUCUAGAUUUCAACCAAAUUGCAACUUAUAUAAUACAAUAUGUUCUAUUAACGAUUUUAAAAGUGAAGACUGAAUCAUCUUGGCGUCAUUGUUGACCCCAAAAAAAGGACGUUGUUUUGUGGUAUUCUAUUGUAUUUUCACAUAUUUUGUAAUACGAAUUCACUGGUAAAUUUUUGAAGCACUAGGUUUAUUUAGGACAAGUUUAUAAUAUAUCAUUGUAACAGUUUGCAGUUUUAAUGAUGGUAUUUAUUUUAAGUUGCUCCUUUCUCAUUAGCUUCUUGGAAAUGCAUUAAAUCUAAAUUUCAAAAUUGAUAGCUUUCUUAUCGAUCAGAGUUGACUGAUGCAGAGGGUUCUGCAUCGAGCAGUAUCUCAUAAUUUCUCAUUAGUGGGGUAUGUUAGUGAUUGCAUUGUUAAAAUUUUUGUAAUCAAUGUGAAGUGUUAAAGGCACAGAGCAUGUGAGUAGUUUCUUUUGAACAAAAAGAAUCGCCUCUUACGUUGUAGCUUCAAACGAAGGGUGUUUUAAUGAAGAAUCAGUACGGCUUAUCUAACGCUGUUACAGCAGUUGAACCAUAGUUAUUACUGACUUUCUUGCUAGUUCUUACAACACUUGGACAAAAGGGUGUAGAGAUUAAAGGAAAGAGUUAACAAAUGCUCUUGCCAGCGAAAUUAUCAACUAGCAGUUAGGAAGCCAGUAUUUGCAGUUCUGUGAAGAUGUAAGUCUCAGCUCUUGAUAACAAACUCUACAGAUCAUAAUUUUUUUUUUUACUUAUGUAUUUUAUGCAGUCAUAAAUAUUGUAAUCUUGACAAACCAUGCUGCAACUGAAAAGCUACUCCUUUUACAGUAGUCUUAAACCCAAAUAAAAGCAAGAUACACUUACCUCAA